CAAUAAUUUGCAUUCUAUUUUUAGAAUUUGCGUGUUUUGUUGUUAUAUAAAACAUCCUUGACUAUAUCAUUUCACAGAUGUAAACAUGCAGCAAUAUAUACACUCCUUCACUGGACUGCAUUUUGGUAUUGCCAUUAUGAAUUUCAUGUAUACAGUAAACUAAAGGAAAUAUAAAUUUCAACAUUGUCUGUAGCACAAACCACUUGCCUAAUGGUUGGUGUGUUGGACUCCAGAUCAAGUGGUCUGGGUUCAAACCAUGGCUGGGGUUACUUAUGUUCUUCAGGGCAAGACAUUACUCUCACAGUGCCUCUCUCCACCCAGGUGUAUAAAUGGGUACCGGUGAAAUUAAUUCUGGGGAGGAUCCCUGGAAUGGACUGGCAUCCGAUCUAGUGACUUUCCUCCUUACCUGACCACCUGCCCUUGGGUUCCUGAGGAUGUGUCUGACUGUGACCAAACCAAAAUAUUGACUUAAUGGUACCUAUUUCAUUUCAGGAAAAAAAAAUAAUUUAUUGGAAAUAUGCAGUGGCUUGGUAGAACCCAGCUAUUCCAAAAAUUUGAUUUAGACAGGUUUUGACUCAGCUUAGGGCUUAGAGAACAUCAAUUUUCACUUACUACAGAGUCACUAGAAAUGUGAGUUGAUAAGUUCUUCAUGUCCCAACAUUGAGUUUAAUGCCAAUGAAACAAUUUCAUAUUUUCCACCAGGCGUCUAAAAUGAUUUUCCAAUCCCAGCCCAAAGCUACAAUAUUGGACAAUUUACAUGAAAAUUUAACACCACCCCUCCCCCCAUUUCAAUAAUGGAAAAAAAGGCGCGUUUUGGGUUUUAAUAGCAACAGUUCAUCAUUGAUUUGGGGGGAGGGGUGGUUUUACUUCUUAUUUCAUUCUCACCAUCGUAACUAGGCUCGAUUACCAGCUCUUCUCGGGGAGGAACAUAGACCGACUCGAGAAAGCGGUGGAAAUUGAGCCUACAUUGUAACCUGCGAACGCAGUGUUGUUAUUGUUUUUCUCGAAAAACCGGAUGCAAGCAGGCGCAGCGUACCGCGAGACUCACUCCCCGAGAGAAGUGUUGUGUGACGCGUGACGUCUGGAUCUAAUUUGUUGUUGAAACGCCGUGAAGGAACGCAUAAUUUUUAUAAAGAGAACUUUGUAGUUUUAAUGUACUCUUCUCUUGUUUUGAUGAACAAAUACAACGACUAGGGUUUUUUAAGAUUUUGUUGUAAACAAAGGACAAUGUACGAAGUGUUUGGUUCUGUGAUUGGCUAGUUGGUUGGUCCUAGUUUCCCCUUGGGAAACAAGAACACGUGAAAAACACACACCAAGGAUGUCUAGAUGUACGUCACAAAGGCAACAACGGGUAAGAGAAUCUCAAGUACGUGUUUGCCUUUUGAUGCAAGAACUGUUUACAGAAAUCUACACGUGGCGAACAACCUUAAAACACAGCAGGACACUGAGAACGGAAACAAUCAACAAUGGCGGAAAACUCCCCUCUGCUUGCAAUACCAACCCCAAGAGUUAGACAACCUUGUGAAGAGAUCGCUUUGGGGCCAUCGGGGCCAACUGUCGUACCGUUGGGAGAGAAGGCGCCUUUGACUCGGGGCGAACCUGAAGUUGGGAAGAGCUUUCUCGGAGUAAGCUUAUCAAGAAUGGCACUGUCCCGUAGUUUAAUGAGAUUACGUUCCGCGACAAUGACUAUGUCCUUGAUCGAAAAACCCUCCGACGAUCGCAGAGCUUCAGCGUUUCUCGCCGGUUGGAAUGUAACAAAUCUUAUCCAAGGCACGGGGAUUUUGGGCAUACCGUAUGCUGUGAAACUGGGAGGGUGGGCCGCUGUUGUGUCUAUUCUCAUUUGCGGUUACCUUUGUUGUUACACUGGCAAGUUGUUGAUCGAGUGUCUGUACGAAGACUCCAAGCGCACGGGUCAAAAGAAAAGAGUAAGGGUCAACUACCCGGAUGUUGGCGAAGCCUUUUGGCCCGGAUGGGGGAACAAGAUCGUCAGCAUUGUGCAGGUGUGCGAGAUGUCUGGAAUAGCGGUGACAUACAUUGUGCUAAUGGCCUCUAUCUUUCUUGACUUGUUUCACAACAGAACUUCCAUGAAUGUCUAUGAAUGGUCUGUGCUUGUGGGCUGUUUUGUCCUUCCUGGAAUCUUUAUCACUCGAGUGUCAGUAAUCGCCUGGAUCAGCAUGAUUUCAGUUUUCUCCCUGUUCUCCGCAGUCCUGACAAUCAUCAUCUAUUGUGUUACGCAGUACGACAAGAUGAGUGUCCACAACAUGCCAGGUUUCCAGUUGAACUCCUUCCUGGUUGGAUUUGGCAUCAUAGUGUUCAGCUUCACAGCACACGCCGUGUUCCCAGGGGUGGAAGGAAGCAUGCGAUAUCCUGAACAGUAUCCCAUGAUGUUGAAUGUUGCGUUUGCAAACUCGACAAUCACAAAACUGAUUCUGGGCCUUAUGGGUGUGUUUCGAUAUGGACAAGAGCUUAACCAGGCCAUAACCAUCAACAUCAAGACCAGUUCUGUCUUCUACAUUCUCUCCAACACCUUUGUGAUUGCCAAUGUCGUCCUUGCUUUUCCUCUUGUCAUGUUCGUAGUGUUGGAAACCUGGGACAACAAAAUGCUUCCUCAUUUUCCUCACCUGUCCAAAGAGUCAGGUUUCCAUUGGUUUUGGUUGAUUCUCACAAGGCCGUUGCUCCUUAUUUUUGGUGUCUUCCUGGCAAUCACUGUUCCUCAUUUUGGUCUGGUUAUGGGCCUGCUUGGCAGCCUAACAGGAACCAGCUUGUGUUUCAUAUUUCCUUGUGUUUUCCAUCUCAAGCUGAAGUGGAAGAAGCUUAACUGGUUCCAGGUAGUUUGCAGAGUUCUUGUCACAGUGUUUGGUAUUGGCUGUGGAAUCCUUGGAGUGGUAUUUUCUACUAUUGAACUGGUAAAUGCAUCGAAAGGGAACAUAUAAAUAAUGAUUGAAAACAUAUUUUUUUGUUGAUAUCAAUUUAUAGUAAAUUUUUCAGGGCUUAUUUUAUUAAUCACUCUUGAAAUUUUGUUGACAAAUUUUGACUGGGUUGCAAGGAUAAAAUAGCAAAGGGUUUAUUUUUAAAACAACAUUUUGGUGUGAGUUGUUACUGUAGAAAAGUGCACUUUUGUACAGGAAUCAUCACUCACCCAAAUGGAUUUUUGUAGCCUGAAUCACAAAACAUUUUAUAAAUAUUAUAAAAUACUAAAUUAGUUAUCUGGUGUGAAUUUAUUUGCUAGACAUAGAUAACUGAAAUUCAAGAUUUCUGUUGCACUUGGAUCGCAACUUAAAUAUGUAUGUAAACCAGCUAUGUUCUCAGUGUGAUUUGGUGAUUUUAGUGUCAUUGUGAGAUGACUGCAGAUACUCUGGGACAACAUGUGUGUUAAAAUACAUAGAAAGUCUAACAAUAUCAUGCUUAAAUUGCACUGAGGUUGCAGCUGGUUGCAACACAAGUGCAGCAGAAAACUCAAAGGAAAUAGCAAACAUUUUCUGUGUAAAUGGGCCUUAAGUCUUAGUUAGCUUUCGCCAUUCUUGUCCCCGGAGGCCACAAUCCUUUUAGUCAGCAUCAAGAAAUGCAACCUCUGGCAACAGCUUAUUUUUUAAAGCAGGUGCAGAGUACUCAUUCUCAGUUUAUUUUCAGCCAAUUAGUUUUCGGCAAAAUCUUUCAGUAACUGUUUAUAGCAAACUUGCAAAUCAGAAAAGGUCAGAGAUCUUGAUUCUUGGUGCCAACAAAAAGGAUUACAAUCUCUUGGGAUGUUAAAUUUGAAAUGGUUUAAUAGGAUUUCUUUUUUGCUUUUGGGCGAACAGCUUUUCAUGGUUAUGAACAAAAGCCAAAAUACCAAUUAUGUAAAACCAUGCUAGAGAAAGCUAAAUGUUUUUUUUUAACUAUUCAGUUUAACCUCAACUGAGGGGCAAGGAUUUGAUUGGGCACCUUUGAUAUUUUACACUAAAAUUUUCUAAAUUUACUUGUUAGUGGUGUGGCAGUGCCACAUGUACAUACAAUAUUUGCAAUAAUGCCAAAAUGUAUGUAACCAUAUUUUUCAACUGUCAUUUCAUGUACAACAACUAUUUGCAGGCAUUUUAAGCAUGUAUCAGUCUGCUGGGAAUAUAAUUAAUUUAAGUGUUAAAGUUUCAUGUCAUCCAUAAGAACUUGGUGCUUUCACUUACAGCCCCUUUUUUUCAUACUCAUUUUGUCACAUGAUGU